GUAAGGAAAAACUAACAGGAUACGAAAUAUGCUCUAGGUUUGAUAAUAUAUUAAAAACAAUGUUUCAAGAAAUAUCGGUUCAACGAGAACAAAUGUAUGAAUCAAUCGAUAGAUAUAUAACAACAAAUAAAGGGGAAACAACAACGAGCCCAUAUAGGAAAAAACGAGGAUUAAUAAAUAUAGUAGGGGCUGGAAUGAAAACACUAUUUGGAGUAUGUGAUAAUGAUUGUGCGAAUGAGGCAACACAAGAAAUAGAUAAAAUAGAAAAGACAAAUGAAAGAAUGAUACAUAUAUUAAAAAACCAAACAACGGUAGUGAGAUCAGCGAUAACAGGUAUAAGUGACGCUUCAAUUGAAAUUAAUAAAUUAUACAAAGAGUUGGGUGAAAAACAAAGUACAUUUCACGCAAAAAUCGGAGAAUUAGUAAAUGUUACACACACGUUAGAAACACUAAUAUUAUCUGAUAGAAUACAUAGUAUUUUUACAGCAUUAUUAACUCAAUAUUCUUACGAAACAACGACAAUAAGCGCGAUAAUUACAGCAGCUAGGACAGGGAUACUUCAUCCAAGUUUAAUAACACCACGAGAAUUAGCAAAACAUCUAACAGAAAUCAAAUUAAAACUACCUAUAAAUUUAAAUUUGCCAAUGGGCACGGACCCAAGUGAAAUUUACGAACUAAGUAAAAUAACAAAAAUGGCAGUAUUUUAUAGCGGGGAUAAUAUUGCGUUUGUAAUAAAAAUACCUUUAGUAACCGAAUUGGAACAUUUGGAACUAACACUAUACAAAAUAUUACCAAUACCUCACCCAAUAGAAAUAAAAACUAACGGAAUAAUCGAUACAAAGCAUAGUAUAAUUAUUAAACCAGAAUUUCAAUAUGUAGGCAUUACCAAAAAUCGUAAACARUACACUACGUUCACGGAAACACAGUUACUGCAAUKUACCGAAACAGAACUUUUUACUAUUUGUCCCGAAUUUCAACCUAUUCAACACGAAUCAGUUAAGCAACCAUGCGAAAUUUCAUUAUUUAAAAAUCCAGAUACAUUACCUAAAAUAUGUAAAUGUAUGGAUAUACACAACAAACGGGGACUUUAA